UCCAGCCCUGUGUUGUCGGGUUAGGCUUGGGAGCGGCGGCUUCAGCCAACGUGUGUGUGAGAGAUAUUUCUUUGCACCAUAUUUCGUAGUUUUACGGCUGAUUUAAAAGCAGUGCAAGGUGAUGCGUCGAAGUGCAUUUUAACUCGCUGCUUCUUUUCGUCCUUUUAUUCGGGUGCUCUAACCUCUGCCUUUUCUGCAGAUUCAUAGUUAAUAUGUUUUAAUGCAGAGCUGAAUAUGACAGAUUCACAUUUUGUGUUUCAUUUGAUAUUUAAUAAUUUGUUGUUUAACAACAGUUACAUUGUUUUUGCAAGCCACGGAACACAAGCAGUUGCAAGACUGAAUUUUGUUUUGUUUUAAAUAUUACUUAAGACGAGCAUAAGAUUAAGCAAGUUAGGAAACAUCAGAUAACAUCGAAUUAACACAUUAUUCUUACUUUUGCCUUUUAAAUGUAUUGUCUGAAUUUAAUUAUUUUAACUGUUAUUUUUGAAUUGCAGGUCCUGGCUAAAUUGACCUCUACUACUUGUCAGAAUAAUAUGUUAAGAAAAUGGGUUGCUCUUACAACUUUUAUACUUUAUAAGUAAUUUGCAGUGUCAUUCAGAUAUGUAAAUUCAAAUUGUAAGUAAAAAAGCACCACCAGACAAAGCAGUAAAUCAGCAUGCUGAGAAUGUCUGAAAGACAUGAAGAGUGAUUGUGUUCUUAUCAAUAGUGAGUGCUAUUAAUUUUGAUUGUAAAUGUAUCAGUUUUACCUUUUUCAGGGAGGUUUUUCAAGGCGCUGUAGUUCAGCCUGUUUCUUUGAAUUUUCCAGCGAAGACAUUGCUGUGAGACAAGCAGUGUAAACUGUGAUACGAUCCCAUGCCUAUUUGUGGGAUGUCUAUAAAUAGUGUCCUGCAAUGGCAGUGUGAGCUCAUGUCAUGUGUGAUUGAUAGUUACAAAACCUUGUGAUGAGACAACAGCCUCUCCAAAGAACCGAAGGAAAAGGCUCAUGAUAUUUUAACAUAGGCUCAUGCCUGUCAGAACUGGAGCUCAAAAGACACUCAGCUAUAGUAGUGAGGUCCUUUUACUUCUGCUGCAAACAGUGAUUUAGACCACAAAGCUUUACCAUGGCGAUGGGCUCCAGGAAACCACUGAGCAGAUCCCUGUCUGGAAAUGGAAGAUCUGCUAGUGAAAAUGCGGAGGAGAACACUGCACCUCCAGUCAGGCCAGACAGCAGGAAUUACCUGGUGAAUGUCAGACCUGAGAACAGGAGUACACUGUGCAGUGUGAUGGCCCAGUUAACAGAGGAAACCCAACCAUCAUUUGAAACCACCUUAAAAUCCAAGGCAGUGUCUGAGACCUGCAAUGUUAAGUUCACCUGUGUCAUUUCCGGUUACCCUGUGCCUGAGCUUACUUGGUAUAAAGAUGACAUGGAGAUGGAUCGGUACUGUGGUCUCCCCAAAUAUGAAAUAUUCCGUGAUGGAAUGACACAUACGCUGCACAUUUACAACUGCACUGAAGAGGAUGCAGCCAUCUACCAGGCCUCAGCCAGAAACAACAAGGGGAUUGUGACCUGCUCAGGGAUCCUGGAGGUGGGUUCCAUGAACGAGUUCAAGAUCCACCAGAGGUUCUUCGCCAAACUCAAGCAGAAGGCUGAGAGCAAGCGGAGAGAGCUGGACAAGAGUCGGCGGCAGGACAAGGAGAACCAACCUGUGCCAGGCAGUCCUGAACGCAUGCCAAGGAAGCGCCGUUCCCCUGGUAGGCCGGACCCUGCUGCCCCCUCUUCACCUCGCAAGGGCCUUCCAGGGCUUAGGCCCAAGCUUCACAAUGAAGAGGUGGAAAACAUGACUAUUGAGCUGCCCAAUAGUUUUCCUACUAUAACCAGGGAGGCAGCUAGUAAUGAUGUAUCUGAGGAAGCUGAAAAGAAAAAUGCCGCCCAGGACCUCCCAUGCAUCUCUGAUAGUUUGGUGGUGAUUUUGCCUGACAGUCUAAUCGAGGAACCUCUGGCAAAAAAGAAAAUCAAGAUCAGAAAAGGUUCAGCAAUGCCCCAGAAUACAGGCAAGAGUGCAGAGCAGGGGAUUAAUGAACAAAGUGAAGGAGCAAUGAGCCUGUCUCAGUAUCUUGCUACGGAGGUCCACCAGUCACAAGUAUCUGAAGCCAAGCAGAACUCCAGGUCAUUAGAGGUAGCCAUGGAGGUGGAGACAGAUAGAGUGAAAGCUGAACAGAAACAGACAACGAAAAUUCCUAGAUCUCCAAAAGUAAAAUCAAAGACAAAGGCAGCGAAGCCAAAGGAACCUGGGCCAGCUAAUAUACAGUCACCUCUCACUUCUGUUCUUUCCUCUUUAAGAGGUAUUUUCUUUGGCAACAAGAAGAAGAAUGCAGAGGAAACAGAACAUUACAACACUCCUGGCUUGGAGGAGAGUAGUACUCCCGCUUCUCCAGAGGUCUCAAUUCCAAAUUCAUUACAUGCUCAUGAGACUGAACAGAAUCAAGUGAAUACAGAAUGGAGGAAAAUAGAGGAAGCAUCUCUGUCAAACAAUGACCAUGUAACAGAAACAUCUUCACAGACUCUCCCGUCUCAUGAACCAGCAGCAGAUCUCAUCAUGCAUUCAAGCAAUACAGAACCUUCAGCUCUGGAAGUAGAGAUGUUGCCAGAAAACCAGGCCCUUGUGGCCCAGGACCUACAUGCCCAGGAAAGCGCUGACAGAUGUGAAGAAAGAAGAAGUCCAAGCCCAGAGAGAUUCCCUGUGCUGGGAGUCGAGCAGCUGUGCACAGUUACAGAUGACCAUAACCAGACAGAAGAGAUAGCGGCACCUGUUACCUAUGAGCUUGAGAAUGAUGGCAUAUUGACUCAAAUUCAUCCACCAGUAGAAAAGUGGGGAUCGGUGGCCAUUGCCGGGCCUCACAAUUUGCAUAGUCGUGGUGAGGGCUCUUCAGAAGAACUGGAACAAAUCAUGUUCUCUCACUACAAGGAGUCCACUAAAAGCUGUACACAGUCAGCGGUAGAAGAAGAAGCAGAACUUGAAACAAUGGGUGAUGCUGACACCAGUGCUCAAGGUGGCAUUCCUCCUGUGAUCAUCUUCACUCCUGACAUAGCCAUGGACAACCUGAAAGUGAAGGAUGGAAUUGGGAGUGCAGAAGAGAGUAGAGAUGGCACAUGGGAAAAUACUUCAGUGAUUAUGGACAGGAACACUGACCUGGAAGAAGACACAACACUGAACAAAGUUGAACAAAAUGAGACAAGUGGCAUUUCAGAAUUCUCAUCAUCUCUGGAAGUCAAAUUUGUAGAUGCCACACAGAUGCGUGCCAUGCAGAAAAAAUCAGAAAUGCAUGCUCCACAAUCACAAAUAAAAAAUGUUCACGAAAGUCAACAUACAAAUGAGGAAAAGUACAACCAUCUACUGGAUGUUUCACAACUGCAAGAUCCCAUAAUUGUUCCAAAGAUAGAUAGCUUGAAAUCCAAACCGAAAGAUGUUACAGAACUGCCAAGCAUAUCAGUCCAUGAUGAUCAGCAGUGCUUACAGAUGAGCCCAGGGGAGGUCUCAGAGAUAGCAGUUAGCGAUAUGCCUGCUGUGGUUCCUUCCAUGACCACACAUGGGAGCCCCAUCAUACAGAGUAUACAGAAUGAUCUCAUCCAGUGUCCAAACAAAAACAUAACAGGAGAGGAACCACAGCAAAAUCGGAACACCUCAAAUGGAAGAACAUCACCUGAAGAAUUAAACUCUGAGCAGGGUAUAGAGGUAGACAGAAAUUCUGUUGCAUUUAUAAAUGUUUCCUACAAAGACCUUUUAUCAUCUGGUAGAACUGAGCAUGAGCCCAGCAACAUAAACCCCCCUCUCAUUAUUACACCAACAGUACCAUGUGAUAAUGAAGAGGGUACGGAUGACAGAGAAGUUUCACAUUCCAGUGCCAUGUUAACAGAUGAACAACAGAAAUCCAGCGAGCCUACAGUAGAACGUGAGACUUCAGCUCAAAAGAUCAGUCUUACCAGUCCUGAGGGUUCCACCACUCCACUAAGAACUGUCUCUGAGUCUUUGGCAAACAUGACCGUUCCUAAAAUUCAGGUGGAUAGUUUCAUGCUGACCUGCAAAGAACCUCCUGCAAAGGAAGUUGCACUUCCCGUCACAUGCUGUGAGAUCAGCCCUGAACAGAGGAGGGACAGCCUGACUGCUAUCCCCGCUGCCACAGCAGAAGAGCUUGCGUCAGGGGCCCGCCGGAAGAUCUUCACACCGAAAAACAAAGGAGAUGAAUUGGGUGAUGCAGCAGAAGUCGAGGGAAGAAAGGAGGAGGUCCCCAUAGGGCAGCAGACUCCACAUUCCCCACUUGUCAGCCAAAGGAAGAGCACUCUGGAGGUGCCCAAACAUCAUGAGGAGAUUCCCAGAGAAUUUGAAACUGCCAAGCCCAGUAACAGUUCAGCUCAGAAGGAGAAGUUCAACCCUUUUAAAGCUCCUCAGGUUAUCCGCAAGAUCAGGGGUGAGCCCUUUUCAGAUGUUUCGGGACACCUGAAGCUGUGGUGCCAGUUCUUCAAUGUGCUCAGUGACUCAAUCAUCAUGUGGUUCAGAAAUGAAGAAGAGAUUGCUGAGAUAAAAAUAAGAGCAGGAGAUGAGAGUCAAGUGGCACUGGCCGUUGUCCAGGCCUCCAGCAGAGAUUGUGGCGUCUAUAGCUGUUCCAUCAAGAAUGAAUAUGGAACAGACUCCACGGACUACUUGCUCAGUGAAGACAUACUGUCAGAGUUCUUCCUGAAAGAAGAUUUAGAAGUCGGAGAAGAAGUAGAGAUGACCCCACUGGUGUUUGCCAAAGGCCUGGUGGAGCCUGGGUACUGGGGCAACAAGCUUUUUGGGCGCGUAAUGAGCGAGGAGCUGCAUGUAGGCAAAAGCUCCAGCCGCAAAAUCAGCCGUAUGAAAGUAAUCUAUGGCCUGGAGCCUGUCUUUGAGUCUGGAAGCAUGUGCAUCCUGAAGGUACAGAGUCCCAUUGCUUAUGGAGCCCAGGAGGAGAAAACCUUGACGGAGAAGAACUUGGAUAUCAUAAAACAGGACUGUAAGAUACAGAACACGGUUCGCGAGUACUGCAAAAUAUUCAGUGCAGAAGUGAGAACAAUGGAGAACUUUGGUCCAGCACCUGAAGUAAUGCCCCUGUACCUAAUGUACCGGCCUGCUAACGCGGUACCGUAUGCCACGGUGGAGGCUUACCUGAAGGGACUUUAUGUCAAAUACUGCGUGAGUGAUGCGACCGGAAGGCUGGUGAUGAGGACUGUCUCUGAGGUGGAGCAGAAAUGCUGUGCCUUCCAGCACUGGAUCCACCAGUGGACCAACGGCAACCUGUUGGUGACACAGCUGGAAGGAGUGGACUUGAAGAUCACAAAUGUUGCAGUUGUCACCAAAUCAAAAGGCUACCAGGGUCUCACGGAUGAGGGGUCUCCACAUGUCUUUGAACACUUUGCCUCCCUGCACCAGUGUAACUACUACUGUGGACUCCUGAGUCUUCGCACCCUGAAGUCUGCAGACUCUGUGCCGCAGUCUGGCAAGACAAAGGCCUCCAAGAGCCCCCUGUUCACACGCAAGAUGGGUGGCAUGUCAAGCCCACAACAGUCAAGGAAAGGCUCACAAAGCCCCCAGAUUGCCAAGAAGGGUACAUCCAGCCCAAAGGUCACUCGAAAGAGCGAACUGGGGGACUCUAAAUCAGCUAAACAGAAAAGUGUAGAAGCAGAAUGAUGCAGUGUAUGAUGCAGAAACCCAAACCUCUGAUUUGCCGAUGCAAGCUUUGAUUGAUUAAAUCGGUCUUAGGCUGGGAAAUGGUCAGUGUACAAACAGCAAUGACUGACCUUAGUCAUUGCUUUAAGUCAUUUAGAUACAAUAAACUUGGACAAAAAUACAUAACCUGUUGCAAGACUUCUCCCAAGCCAGUUAAGAUGAAAUAUGCGUGAAUAAGAAAUCUCUCUCCCACAGGCAGGACAGGUAUUCCCACAAGCUUUCAGGAGUAUAUAAGUUGUAGGGGCCAGGGAAAGCCUUGGUUUUUGGUAAGAGCUACUGAGGGAACAGGAGUUAAAUAGAAAUUUUGCAUGUUGCGUCCUGUUCAGCUUCAGUUUUAAACAUAACAAUAUAGUUUGAUUUACUUAAGGGGAAAAAUCCUUUAAUUCUUCAUAGGAUGUAUGGCCAAGGGGCAUGAGAAUUUUGUCAUUAUUGGUAAUUUUUUAAAAGUUAUUUAAUAAAUACACUUAAAAGUGGAAACGCAGUUCAGAACAGAGUUUGGGAAUAACGGGUGUUUGGGAAGAUGAGAAAUAGUACUUUGAAGGAUUUUAGAAAGAUUUUAGAGAUUUGUCUUGAUAAUCAGUAGUUUAUAGAAUUUCCAAAAUGCAUUUUGAGUGUUCUGCACAUUUCUUCAUGUGCUGUUCCCAGACACCAGCCAGUGCUCCAGUAUUGCAGUGCAGUACCUGCAGGACUGAGCUGUUUCUGUAAAUGCUGUGUUUACUGUGAUGGUGCCUCUUGGACUGCUCUUUUCAGUAAGUUAUGCCUGGGUUUAAGUUGUUUUUCAGCUUUGCACUGUACCGGAUGUUCAGAUUCUUCACAAAAUAAUACCAUUCCUUGGUGCAUGAUCAGCACUUAGUGAUACAGCACUGAAAUUUACUGCUCUUCUUCCAUUUUCUUUCUUUAUUUGCUAUGAGUGCUGACAUAUUAUGGAUUAAUAAAUUUAUGAUGUGGUUCACUA